GUAAAGAAAGCUGAAUUGAAUGGGAUGAUGAUGAUUGUUUGACUGAAUUGAGGAGAGGAUUUGAGUCUUAGACGGACGGAGCUGACGGGAAAGUUUGAAUUUUUGGGGAGUGGAAUCUUGAGAGAGGACUGAAUUUUCAGGUCAGGAGUUUGAAUUAUGAUUUGGUUGCAGAGUAUGUCUUGAAAAUUUGUGGAAUGUUGUGGAUAAGAAAUUGAGAGAAGGCAUUCUUGUGAAGGACGAGGAGAAAGGCAGGGAGGAAUGAGUGUGUGCCAGCUUGCGGCCGCUGGGCUGCCGAUUCUUGAUGCCGGGGGAGUGUUGAAGAAGAGAUUCAGUUCUCCGAACGCUGGGCUUCGGUCCUGCGUCUCAUGUGUUGGAAAUUCCUCACGAUGGAGGAGUCUUGGAGCUGCUCUUCCACGGAGGCGCCUCGGCUUCACCAAAGAGAAAAGACUGAAAACCUCAGUUCAAGCAUCAGCUGAAGAUGAAAAUAAAAAUAAUGACACCAGUGAGAGCAAGAAAGAAGAGACUUCAAUGAACGAGACGCACGAUCCGUCUGUUAAGUCAUCCUCGAGUGAACCUUCAAAUCUGUCCACUGAGCAGGCUGCGGAGGAUGACAAGGUGUCGAUGGGAUCUCCACUUCCAGGAGUAAAAUCUUCUAGUGAGACAGCCAGGCUACCGAAGGAGGUGAUUGACACUUUGCGCGACCAAGUCUUCGGCUUCGACACUUUUUUUGUGACAGGUCAAGAGCCUUAUGAGGGGGGAGUUCUCUUUAAAGGAAAUUUGCGAGGUGAAGCAGGAAAAAGCUACACCAAAUUGGAAAAGCGUUUACAGGAAAAAUUUGGGGGGAAAUAUAGGUUAUUUUUGUUGUCGAAUCCAACAGACGAACGACCAGUUGCUGUCAUUGUACCCAAAGAGUCUUUGGAACCCGGACCUGGAGCGGUGCCAGAAUGGGCAGCAGCUGGAGCUUUUGGACUUGUUUGCAUAUUCACUAUAUUGCUUCGCAAUGCCCCGACUCUACAGCUUGCCCUCUUAACAAACAAUGCCGAUCCAACUCUCAUAUCAGAAGGCUUACUUGGAGGUGCGAUUACAGCAGGUGUGCUUCUGGCCCAUGAAGCUGGUCAUCUGUAUGCUGCUAAGCAAGUUGGUGCCAAGCUGUCAGUUCCUUACUUCAUACCAAGUUGGCAGUUGGGAUCAUUCGGAGCAAUUACAAGAAUUACGAACAUCAUACGAAAUCGAAGCGGUUUAUUAAGGCUAGCUGCCGCUGGGCCUCUCGCUGGAGCAUUCUUCGGCCUUACUAUCAUCUUGAUUGGGUUGCUGUUGCCUCCUGGAGAAGGACAAGGAAUUGUAGUUGAUGCUGGUGCAUUUCAUGACUCUCUUCUAGUAGGUGGACUUGCUAAAUUGAUCCUCGGGGAUACAUUGCAAGAAGGGGCAAAAGUCUCAGUUAAUCCAAUAGUUCUAUCAGCUUGGGCUGGCCUGCUUAUCAAUGCCAUCAACAGCAUUCCUGUCGGUGAGCUAGAUGGUGGUCGCGUCGUACAGGCCCUGUGGGGAAGAAAGGCGUGGUCACGGUUGACUGGAGUUUCGGUCGGACUACUCGGUCUUACGGGCAUAUUUAAUGAUGUUUCUCUCUACUGGGUGGUUCUUAUUGUGUUCCUUCAAAGAGGGCCCAUAACGCCCCAGUCAGAUGAGCUCACAAGUCCAGACCAGACCGAUCUGGCCUUGGGAGUCGCAGUUUUACUUCUUGGGUUGCUCGUGUACUUACCAUAUCCCUUAGCUUUUUCAUACGUACUUCCUCCCUUGGCUUAGGGUUGUUAAAUGAUGCAGAGCGUGCUUGAAUGAUAGCUCUGUACCAGAAGCACACCUUGUUGGAAAGGUGUGCCUUAAACAAAUGUACUAUGGCUUAGCCCUUAUUAGUGGGUGCAUUUUUUUAAUGAAGUAUCUUUCGUUUUACGAUCGAGGUUCCUGUUCUAUCUCGGUGCAAUCAAGUGUUACAGGUUUGCAAGCGUUAUAGAACGAUAUCAUUUGCAACCUGAUCUGCGAGCC